AAGCUCGGCACAACUUUUAAGUCUCUCAGUGUGCCCGAUCGCUCAAAUCUCGACGUUGCCCUUGAUUUUAGGUUUGGCUGAUAAUUUUUCUCAGUCAACAUUAAUAUAUUUUUUUAAUAACUAUGAGAGUUAAUCGGAUUCUUUGUUCACACUGUGUACUGUUUUUAUUAUUAUUGUGCCUCAAAUUCAUCAAUGGGCAAUAUCAGGCCUCACCACAUAUCAUUGUCUUCAUGGUUGACGAUUUGGGAUGGAAUGAUGUUGGUUUCCAUGGAUCCAAUCAAAUACCAACUCCUAAUAUUGACGCAUUGGCUUACAAUGGAAUAAUUUUGAAUCGACACUAUGUUCAGCCAUCUUGCACACCAACAAGAGCUGCCUUCUUCAGUGGCAAAUAUCCUCUUCGUAUGGGCAUGCAAGGACAAGGUAUCAUGGGUGGUGAAACUCGGGGUUUGCCUUUGGGGGUCAGACUUCUCCCAGAAUAUCUCCGAGACUAUGGAUACUCCACUCGUCUUGUUGGAAAAUGGCAUUUGGGUUUUCACACUCGACUUCACACACCACUUAAUAGAGGAUUUGAUUCGUUCUUUGGCUAUUACAAUAGCUAUAUAUCGUAUUACGACUACCGAUAUUCUCAAGGAAACAUGUCCGGAUUUGAUCUUCAUCGAGGGGACUCUCCGGCACAUGGAACACCAAAUCAGUAUGUGACAGAACUCCUGACGAAUGAAGCACUCAAAAUAAUCGACAAUCAUGAUGUUAAUCAUCCUCUUUAUCUUCAACUGAAUCAUCUCGGAGUUCACGCCCCUCUAGAAAAAUCAAGCCGGACCAGUAAUUAUAAUGACGACAAGUUCGAGCACAUUGCCGAUAAAUCUCGAAAAACUUAUGCCGAAAUGGUUGUGGAAAUUGAUGAAUCUCUUGGUCAAAUUGUGUCAGCUUUAGGCGAUAGAGGAAUGCUGAAAAACAGUAUAAUUUUAUUUAUGACUGACAAUGGUGCACCCACCAUUGGAAAAUUCCGUAACUGGGGAUCAAAUUGGCCAUUAAGAGGGACUAAGUAUACACUUUAUGAGGGUGGAUUGAGAGGUGUUGCAGCAAUAUGGUCACCACGACUCCAGCGACCGGCCAAAGUUUCUAAUAAUUUAAUGCACGUGACAGAUUGGCUUCCAACUCUUUUUUCAGCAGCUGGCGGAAAUGUCCAAGAGCUGGGAGAAAUUGACGGUAUUGAUCACUGGCAACAUCUUAGCAACGACGAAAAAGCACCCCGCCACAAAAUACUUCUUAAUAUUGACGAAGUUUCGAAAACCGAAGCAGCUAUCAACAAACGCUACAAACUUGUGAGAGGCGUAUAUCAACAAGGAUAUUAUGACUCUUAUUACGGUGACAGUGGAAAAGACUUCUACAUUGGCGAAUAUAAUUAUACUUUGGUGCAUAGAAGCUCCGUCGCAACAGCAAUCAGUGCUCAUUUAGGUGAUCCUAUGACACAACCCAGCGUUAUGACUCAUCUUCGGGAAGAAGCAACUGUCUUAUGCAAUAAUUUGUUACAUAGAUCAUCACGUAGUAGAUCUCCAUGUGAAAAUGAUACUGAGUGCCUUUUUGAUAUUGUCAAUGAUCCUUGUGAAGAGAGAAACGUUGCAAAACAAUAUCCAAAGGAAAUGAGGGAGCUGGAUUUAAUGCUUCUAUCUUAUGGAAAUCUGUUAGUCCAUCAACCAAAAAAAACUAUUAUUGAUUGGUCAGCUGAUCCAAAAAGACGAAAUGAUACUUGGGAACCAUGGCUACACCCUAGCUACUUUGAAGACCAGUAUGGGUAUAAUAAAGCUGAAGCGAUUACAGUUAGCAUGUUUAUUUAUUACGUAGUCUUUGUAAUCUCUCAUUUCUACGCAUUAAUUUAAUUAUUUUUUCUGAAUUUGAAUUUAAAACAAUUGAGAAUCUUAAUGCAAUAACACGUUGAGAGUUCUGAGCCAAAGAUAACGCGACGUGGGUUUGGUGCAAAAUAUAAAAAAGUUUAAAUUGGAAUAAAAAAAAAUAUACAGUCAUGUAUAGAAUAAAAGAAUCUACAUUUUUUUUUCGAAUAAAUUUUUUUUUAUGAUCAUCAUCUAUUGUAUUACAAAUAAAAACUUUUUUUUUUAUAUAU